GUUCACCUAGCGUUUUUCUCCGCGUUUCCUGUGGUCGUUGUGGGGUGGGAGUUGUCGCUUAACUGCUUCCGGGUUGAUGGACGACCUUGAGCCCUCAAAAGCGAGAUGGCGGUUCUCUUGAGGCUCGGUGUCCUCUGCGGUGCUCAAGGAGGCCGAGCUCUGUUCCUCCGAACCCCAUUGGUCAGACCUGCUCACAUCUCAGCAUUUCUCCAGGACCGACUUACCCCAGGAUGGACUGGAACACAGCACAUUCACCUGUCACCAAACCGCCAUUCUGGUUCCAAGGCUGCAUCUCUUCACUGGACUAGUGAGAGGGUUGUCAGUGUUUUGCUACUGGGCCUGCUUCCAGCUGCAUAUUUGAAUCCUUGCUCUGCAAUGGACUACUCCUUGGCUGCAGUCCUCACUCUUCAUAGUCACUGGGGCCUUGGACAAGUUGUCACUGAUUAUGUUCAUGGGGAUGCAUCACAGAAAGCUGCCAAGGCAGGCCUUUUGGCACUCUCAGCUUUAACCUUUGCUGGGCUUUGUUAUUUCAACUAUCAUGACGUGGGCAUCUGCAAAGCUGUUGCCAUGCUGUGGAAGCUUUGACCGUUUUGACUUGAGAAUUGAUUGUAUGCCUGUGCCUCUGCUCUGUCAUUCAGCUCACAAUAAGGAGGAAAUAACAGAAAGUUCAUUGGUGGGCAAACCUUCUUCUAAUCACAUGGUUAUUUUAGAAUUUAAUUGUUGAGGAAGAGAUUUGAGAGGAAAUGUGUUCAAGAAAUUAUGAGACCCAGUUCUGCAGUCUAGUGAGUUAAUGGGGUUGUCUUCAAGUUCAUGAGAUUCACAGUAUGACUAAAACUUUACAUAUAAGCUUUUGCUUUUGUCAAUCUCUUAAAGAGAAUUUAGCUUUAAUAUUAUCAGUAUAUGAUCAUUUCUGCAUUUGUCUUGGAAAUAAUGGACAAAGGGAAAGAUUGUUAAUUCAUGACUUUGCAAAAAAUUAGAUGGUGUUUACUUUUGGAAACUUCUCUGUCUGUCCAGUUGAUACCAGCUACUGAUGGUUUUAUGUCCUAGGGAAACUAUAGGAGAUGCUAAAAUCUCAAAUUACCGAUUUCUGUAUCCUAGGAAAGAAAGAUUGGAAAGCUUCUGAAUAUAGAGAUGCUCAAGUUAGAGAAGAAGUCUUCCUUGUAGACAUAUCAGAAUAUUGCAAGUUCUAAACAGAUGUAAUUCUCCAAUGUGUUUUACUUGUCCUAAAAUAAUCUGUCCACAAAUAUAAAACUAAUAAAUUACUUUCCCACUGUGGGAAUUGGUAAUAAGAAAAUGUAUUCCAUGAAAAGAAAUUUUUUUUAAAAAAAUAAAAUGUUGUAUAAUAAAAA